AUGUUCGCCACGGCACUCUUCCUCGCAGCCAGCCUCCCCCUUAGCGUCAUGGCCGGCAUAACCUGCGAGACGACGGACGGCAGCCCCUCGACCGAAGCCGUCACCGAGGUCAUCAACCAGGUGCGCGGCCAAGGCGGCGACUGCGAGCAAACAAAUCACUUUGGCAGCAAUUGCACCACGCUGGUCCACCACGACGGCGCCGCUAUCGCCAUCUGCGGCCCCUACGGGAACUAUUCCCCCUGCACCGAUGUCGCGCAUAUCGUCACGCAAAUCCAGGACCAGUGUUUGGUGGACGGCAGGGCCGGCGGCACAUACACCUUUGAGGGGUUUCCUGAUACGGGAGAAACCAUCGAGCUUAUUAGCUCGUAG